GCGGCGCCGAGGUCGCACGCGCCAUGUGGGUCGCCGUGCUCGUGGUGGCGGGCGCGCUGGUCGCAGAAAGUCACAAAAACGGCCGAUACCCUUCUGGCAGUAGAGUCCUCAGAGCCUUGAGUAAAGCCGAUCAACAAGCAGGGUGCCUAUACGAAGGGCGAUGGUACGUCGCCGGUUCCGCCGUGCGUACGCGCGAGGCGUGCCUGUCGUGCGCGUGCGCGCACGGCGCGCUGUCGUGCGCGCGCCGCACGUGCGUGCCGCUGCCCGAGCCGCCGCCGCGGUGCCACGUGCUGCACCGGAAGGGAGACUGCUGCCCCGAACUACGAUGCCCUGAUGGCGUCAAACACCAACACGAGGCGUCAGCUCGACUCGAUGACACGGACAUCGACAGGCCAACAUCACUGGGCCACGUGUUUCCAGCGUGCGUGGAAGGUGGGACGGUGUACGCAGCCGGCUCCGCCAUGAGCUCCGGCACGCCGUGCGAGCAGUGCUUCUGCCUCGGCGGCGCGCGCCGCUGCGUGCGCCCGCGCUGCCUGCCGCCGCCGCCCGGCUGCCAGGCGCGCCCGACGUCCGGCGCCUGCUGUCCCCAACGAUACUACUGCGAGCAUAUCUCUAAGCCUGUAGACGAAAAGAACUCACAUGAUUGCGUUACUCCCGAGGGUUCUUGGGCUUCGGAAGGAGAGCGGGUAAAGACAGCGGAGACGGGCUUGUCAUGCAUCCAGUGCUUCUGUCUCCGCGGUUCCAUACGCUGCCAGCACCUGUCCUGCGCUCCUUCGCUGCAAGGCUGUACGCCACUGGUGCAGCCGGGACAGUGCUGCCCUCAUCAGUACCAGUGCGAUAGACAUGCUAAUGGUACUAAGUUAAGCUUACAUUCUCAACGCCAAAACAUACUGAUGUCUUUGAGGGAUGAAGAUCGAUCGUUCCACACGUCGAAAUCAACGAAACGUGACACAACAGCAAAGGAACAGACAACCGUAACCGACAAAAGCACAGUAGCUGUUACUGUUACAAAAAAAGAUUUAACUACAACGGCUAAGGUGAAAAGGGAGACUGAGGUGCCAAAUAUUACAAGUUCAAGUGUCAGAACUGAAAAAAGCGAGACCAGUACUUCAUCAAUUGCACAAACAACUCAAAAAUUAAAUGAGGCAACACAAACACUAGCGACUGAAACAACAACAUUGGAUGAAACUUCAGAAGAACUCCCCAUGGAGCAGCCUCCAGGAUCUGUAAAAGUGAUAAUUAAUGGGACAAUAAAUUGUACUACGGAACUAUCUUCCACGUCUUUACUCUUAAACGUGUCAGAUACAAACGACACUGUAUGGAUUGACAGUCAGACUCAACCACGUAUACCUAUCAUCAAUACGAUUGAUAUCGAAGCUCACACCUUUCCGCCAAAUGAUAUAAUAACUGAAGGAAGUUAUAAAGAAGAGUAUGAUGACAAUGAAACGUUUACCAUCAAUGUAACCAGCUCGCUAAGAACUAAUACAAGUCAUUCAACCACCACUACAGUAAAACCUUCGCCUGUCGUCCCAAAAACUGUCCCACCUGCGCUUCUUGGAAAAGUGAAUGUUUCCAAAACAAAGAAGGAAGAAUACGAUUAUGAUUAUACGGAACCAACGUUACCACCAUCAUUGCCGAAUUUGAAAAUUAUUCCCUUUGUAGCAGCUGAUGCCGUUGUAGAAGACGAUGUAUCAUCGAAAGAAAGUCUUGAUUAUCCUACAAUAGAGAGAGAAGACAAUUUCCCAGUUUAUUAUCCAAGUAAAGAGACGAAAGAUACGAUUUAUGCAACACGUAAAGUAGAUGUUUAUAAUCCAACACAGUAUCCAAUAUUUAUAUCUAAGAAAGUUGAACCUCACUAUCCUAGUUUAACACAAGAAGCAGAUAAUACGAACGUACCUUUUCCGAGCAUAAGGAAUGAAAUGCCAGUUCCCGUUCAGGAGUACACAGUUACUGCUUCGCUGGGAAGUUCAGCAAAGAUAAACUAUAAAGGAGAUAACCCACCAACUGCUCCAAACACCCAAUUUGAAGUGGAGCCACCAGCCAUUAACUUAUUUUCUCCACCAAUAGAAACAGAAGGUGGUUUCGUACCGAAGGGCCCUGGAAUUGUGGAUGAUUAUUAUUCUGUGUAUUCCAGCACGCCAUCAGGAAAUAUUAUGUCUCAUUUAACAACAUCGAUGCAGUUAGAGCCAAAGGAUGAAUGUGUUUCUGGCGAUGGGAGGCACGUUUCUGAAGGCGAAUCAAUUUCUCUCUCCUGCUCUAUAUGUACUUGCGCCUGGGGAGAGUUGCACUGCUCCCCGCUACCAUGCAACACACCGCCGGGGUGCAGGAGAAAUGCUGCAAAUAUUAGCACAACCGAUUUAUGCUGUGGGGAACUAAUUUGUGAUAAAUUGAAAAAUACAACAUCCAUGCCAUUGAUGACAACGAACGAUAUUGCAAUCAACCCAAAUGAGACUGAAAUAGCAAGUAAAUACGAAAAAGUAUCAUUCACUUACCAUGAUAGUACAACUACACCACGCGUUUACACAAAUAUUGAUACAGUAAAGGAUACGAGUUUAGGAACUAAUAUUUCAGAAACUAAUGAGAGAUUCGAGAACAUGACACCAAUAACAUCAGUCACAUCCAGCACUACUGAAAAAUCAGUUUCAUAUACAACGACAACUCAAACUGCUGACAAUGCGGUUGUAGAAAAUAAUAACCAGUCUCUGGAAUACGAUGAAGAAGAUGAUGAUGAUGAAGGGUUUUCCUUGGGAAAUGUUCUUAAGCUCUUGCUCAGCGAAACAUACGACACUACAACUGUAUCACCUAAAAAGAAGAUGACUACAGUAAUACCAAGCACGAUGCCUAAAAUGACUUCUACAUCUGUUCCCACAACUAAAAGAAAGCAAUUCACUUCAUCUGAAAAUGGUUUUGUACCAGUAACACAUCGUUCUCCUUACGUACCACCAAAAAAGUUAUAUUCACCUAACACCAUCAACAGAAUUGACCAUCUUGUGCUUGGAGAAUCAAAUGCUAUAAGAAAGUCAACUCCGAAACCUGUUACACAAACAACAACAAGAAAAGUGGUGACCAGUGCUAAAACUACUCCGCAGCCAAUUACUACGAAGACUGUAGAGAUUUCAAGUAAAGAAGGUUUUGGAGGACAUCCUGUAGAAGUGCGUCCUCCUAGUCCUAAUUUCGUAUCUGGCUAUGGAUUAGGUUUACCCAAACUUGCUGGAUGCAAUAUUUACGGCCGAAUGUAUCGGGUGGGUAGAAUCAUCGCCGAGUUGUCGUCUCCCUGCCAAGAAUGCAAAUGUACCGAACUCGGUGUUCAGUGUCGGUCGCUAAGCUGCUGAACAUCCGGACGGUCAAAUUGUAGAAUAUCUUUCUACUAUGAGUGAUAAUUUAUGUAAAGACUUAAAGUGUACAACAUUACAAAGAAAUGGUGACGAUAUUCAACAAUUUAGUAAGAUUGAGCUGCAAGGUUCUCCUACGGAUUGUGUUGAAUUAACUUUUGUACAGUGUGUAAUAUGUGAGUUUGUGUGUACUUAUAGAUAUUAGACGUAAGUUUUAUUCUUAUAAAUAUAUUUAAACUAAAGAAUGCCCUCGACUUCGUUCAUGUGGAAUUAAGUGUUUUUAAAUCGGUAAUACGGAUGGGCCGCAAAAACUAGAUGAAAGACAGGCAGACACAUUUUCGCACUUAUAAUAUGGAUUAAGUACGUUAAAUUGCUUAAAAGUUACAGUAAACAGCCGUCACACGUCGGUUUUGAUCUCAAGUAGUAAUACAUUUCAAUAACAGUAUCAUACUUUUGACUUUUCAACCAA